AUGUGGGUCCGGUUGUGGUUGGCGUUUUGUAUCUGUGCUGUAUCAGUUCGGUCACAACACGCAAAUACGCAAGUGACACAAGAUGGCGCUGCAUUCGGUUGGGGAUGGCAGCUGUCGCCGCUGGGACAGGCCUCUACCAUUGGACAUUAUUACGUCAAGCUACCACAGUCUGAACAGCAAGUGAGGUACGGGCCCAAUGGUGGUGGAUACCAAACUGCACCCACUGUCAACAAUCACGCUCAGUCCGCUAAUGCAGCUGUCAGGCAGCAAGCUGAGGAUUUAAACCAGCAGGCACAAAAUCUCUACAAGCAAAUACAGAACAUAACCCAGCUACCAGCGCCCCCAGCAUCCAACCAGCAACCACUCGACAUCUACCUACUCCAGCAGCAGUACAACCCAGUGCUACCCACCCCCAACUACGACCAUAACCAACUGCGGUACAACGACCCCCAAAGGGAACACUCGAGCCCUCUUACCAAAGAGGACCCCAACGAGUAUCAUCCCCAAGUCCUACAAGUCUUUAAAAACCACAAUUGUUCUAAUCAAGAUACUUCAGAAGAAUUACAAAAUGAUUUGGAAAAGUCUAAAGAACUAUUUGAAGAAGUCCCAUCGUUUGAUAUACAAGAUAUUAAUAAUUUUGGAGCAACCCAUGCUCCUAGUACAUUUUACAGAGGUGCUGUCAAGUUCAGGGUUGAAACUCCACGCGAUAAUGCUCGCAGUGAAAGAUUCUACUACACGACCGCUGAGACCCCUUCUACAGCACCAACUGAAAAUGCAACUCAAGUUGGUAUUGAUAAACUAGUAGCUUCCACCCAAGACCUCAUUACUAACGAAGACUUGAUUAUCAUCAAUCAUGCUGCAGAAAAACACAUAAAUGAUCAGUCUGACGAAAUAAUCAAACCACGCGCACGAUUUUACGUGAGAAAUAAUGGGAAUAGUAAUUCUAAACAUAUUACUAUUAAAGCUAAAAUUGAGAACAUACUUAAAAGCGAAGUUGAACAUUUAGAAGAUGAUCAAAAGAAAGAAAAUGUUUUACAUUCUAAUUCCAACAAAUAUGAUUUUGCAACUCCUAUUAUUGUACAAGACAAUUCUUAUAACAACUUCAAAGACCAGAUAGUCGACAAUCUCGUGUCUACAAUGGUUCCUUACAUGGAAGAUGGUUACCAAAUAGUAGGAGUUAGCGAUAGUUCUAGAGAAGCUUACACAGAUGACAGCAAAGUUGAAGACGAUGCAGUUGCGACCGUUUCUCCAAGGCCAGUUAAUCAGAACUAUCUCGCACCAAUCACUGUAGCUUUAAGAUUGCUGAACGCUAACGACACAGAAUCUUUUAAUACUAUAGAUGAUCAUGAAGCUUCAGAUAGUGAAUUAGUAUCAGACACAGUACGGAGCCCACCGAAAGAAAAGACCAUCGUUGAAAUCCAAGAAUCCAUUCCAGUUGAAAUAACUCACAUAAAUGAUGUUGAAGUACAUGAGUAUGUAGAUUUUGAUAAAGGACGAAGCAAUAACAAGGGACCUUUGGAUGUAGCGAAGAAUUUGUAUAACACGUAUGUUGAUGCUUUGAAAUCAUCCAAGAAGAUACAGGAGCAGAUGAACAAGCUGCUUUAUAAGUACGGUGCGACGAAAGAGGAUAGUCAGGAGAGUAAUGACAAAGAUGAAGAACAGAAAGAGCCUUUGGAAUCAAGUGAAAAUAUGCAAUCUCAAGUUGAAUUAAGACCUAAUGAAGAUAACAGUAACAUUCAAAGAAGUGAACAGUACCAAUAUUAUCAGUAUGGUAAUGAUAAUGGUAAUUCUAAGAUAAUCCAACCAAUCAUUAUAGAAAAGGAGAUACCAAUAACCAAAUUCGUUGAUAGAUUAAUUGAGAAGAAGGUUCCAUAUCCACAGCGCGUUGAAAUCAAAGUACCAGUAGAUAGGCCUGUACCAGUGGAGGUCCCUGUUGAGAAAAUUGUUGAAAAACCAGUCGAAGUUACUAAAUAUGUGGAUAAACCAUACCCAGUUGAGGUACCUAGACCUUAUCCUGUUGAAGUUAAGGUUCCUUAUCCAGUCGAACAAAAGGUGUAUGUAGAUCGUCCCGUACAUAUUCCCUACCCAGUGGAAAAGGUGGUUGAGAAGCAAAUAUUACACCCGGUUCCCAUACCCACUCCGGUUGGCAUACCCUAUGAAAUCCAAGUGCCUAUUGAACAUAAAAUAUUAUACCCGAUUCCAUUUGACAGGCCCGUACCAGUCCCGGUAGAAAUUGAGAAACCAGUUGAAAGAAUAGUUAACAAAGAAGUUCCUGUACCUUACGCGGUUGAAAAACGUGUACCAUAUCCAGUUCAUUACGAAACCAGAGUUCCUGUCCCAUACCCGGUUGAGAAACGAAUCCCAGUACCGGUUGAAAAGAUUGUUGAAAAACCGGUUACAAUCACCAAGUAUGUAGACAAGCCGAUUCACAUUCAAGUGCCUGUACCUCAGCCCGUUCCUGUACCAGUUCAUGUUCCCCAACCUUACCCGGUCGAAAGAAUAGUCGAGAAAAAAGUUCCCUACCCGGUUCACAUAGAUAGAAUAGUAGAAAAGAAAGUCCCAGUCGAAGUUCCCUACCCAGUGGAGAAAGUUGUGGAGAAGAUUGUGGAAAAACCGGUUGUGGUUACCAAAUAUGUUGACAAACCUUACCCAGUCGAGAAAAAGGUGCCGUAUCCAGUCGAAAAAAUCGUCGAGAAGAAAGUUCCUUACCCGGUCCAAGUCCCAUAUGAAGUUAAAGUACCAUACCCGGUUGAAAAAAUAGUUGAAAAACCGGUACACGUACCAAUACCUGUAUUCCGUUAUGGGUAUAAUAACCAAGGUAGCGAAUCAAGGAACAACGCUCAAACGGCCCAAUCGCAGUACAACACAAACGAUAGAAAUAAGAAAACUCCAAUAUUUAUUACACAGUUUUACCAUCAGCUGUUGAAAGAGAGACAGAGGAUUCCCUUACACUCAGUCCAAUGGGGCAACCAAUACGCGUCUUCAUACCAAUACAUAAACAACACAUCAGGUAACAAAUUAGAAGAAAAGAAACCUAAUCCAAUAUCUAGUUACUUAUCAUAUUUAACUAAUGGACAAAGUAAAUCGAACCAAUACUAUGGUCCAGUGCCAACAAAAAACCAAGAUGAUUGGUGGCAGAAUAAUAAGGAUUAUGUCGUUGAAGUCAAAAUGAGGAGGGCGGAUCGGGAACCAAGAGUUAGUAACUUAAGGAUCGAAUACGGAGGGUUUAGGCCUCCCUUAAUACCUAGCACUGAGGUUGAUUUAGAUGGCAUGCCCAUUCAUAAGGAAUCGUAA